AUGUUCUCAAAUAUAAAAGAAAACUGUUCUUUGAAUUGCUCAGAUAUGAUAAAUACAACGUCGAACAACGGUCUAUGUCGUCGUUACACCGCGUUUGCAAAUGAAGACAUUCCGCGGUUAUUCAUCAUCCUCAAUUCCGCCGUGAACAUCAUUUCGAUGAUGGUAUCCAUUUUGGCAAAUAGCCUGGUAAUAGCAGCGGUCUGGAAAACGCCUUCCUUGCGCUACCCUUCAAUUUUACUUCUCUGUGGUCUCUCACUAUCUGAUGUUUUUGUUGGUUUGAUCGUGGAGCCAUUUUACGUCACCGUGGAAUUGUUAAAAAUUCAUGGUUAUCCAAAAGGAGAUGAUUGUACACUGGAAACGGGAUAUUUUGUGAUUGCAUUCCUAGUUUGUGGCGUUUCGUUUGGAAACGUAACUCUUGUAAGUAUGGAUAGAUACAUGGCAAUCCACUAUCCACUGAGGUAUGAUACUAUUGUUACUAUUCCGCGGGUAUACAUUCUCAUAAUUUCGUGUUGGGUUCUCAGCGCUUUUUGUUCUAGUAUUUUGCUAUGGAAUAUGGUCAUUUUUCUGUAUCUGGUGACAGUUGUUUGCGCAAUUCUCCUGAUAAUGUCAACAUUCAUCCAUAUCAAGAUCUACCGAAUCGUCCGCCGCCAUAAAAGUGUGAUUCAAGCUCAAGAACAGGCAGUCCACUCGACAAACGCCGAGUUGAAUAUGGUGCGUUUUAAAAAAACUGCCAUGAACACGUUCCUUGUGUACUAUUUCUUAUUGCUAUGUUACCUACCCUUCGCUGUAGCUAGCAUUCUACAAAUUUUGACUGACGAAAAGACCAAUUCACCUAUCCUUUGGAAAGUGGCUACCACAACAGGGAAUUUAAACUCAGCACUCAAUCCGUUUCUUUAUUGUUGGCGACUUUCAGCUAUGAGAGGUCCGGUCACAGCUUUGCUUAAGAAGAUUUUCUGCCCUCUAAAAAUCUCCUCAUCAUGUAUCUUUGGCAACUAGACUGCUCAUAGGUGUUUCACUUCAAGAAAUGGAAAAGGAGAACGAUUUCUUGGGACUUCCGACAUCAGUCUGUCGAACAAUUGGUACAUUGGAUGCUUUACAUCUGAGCAGUUUAAACCCCGUGGCCUUAAGAGGCAAACCGCAUUACGUCGAAUGCCAAAAUUUAAAAGUUGAUUUGAUGCUCUCGAGCACUGAUGGAAACUUAUGAUAAUACAAGAUUCACUUGAAUCGAAAAACUCGAAUCCCCAAGAGAAAGUGAAUUAUCCAAUGGCCUGGCCAUUGCAAACUUUAAGACUAAUAUGGUUUGUAAAAACGAGUCAACUAUACCUCAAAUUUGUAUCAAAAGUAUUUUAUUCCUAAACGCCAUUCGUUCAGUUCUACGAAAUAAAGGU